AUGCUUUCAGGUAGUUUUUUAAGAGUUAAAGGACAUAUAUUAAGGGUUGUGUUUUCAAAAUAUAGUUUGUUUUAUUUGAUUAUUUUUCGAAUAUUUAAUUCUGUAUUGAUUCAAACAACAUUUUUCCCUGAUGAAUUUGCUCAAUCUGUCGAGAUAGGUCAUUACAUGGUUUUUGGAUAUGGCCAUAUGCCAUGGGAAUGGGAACCUUGUAUAUCAUUACGAUCGAUUGUACAUCCAUUAUUUUAUGCUAUAUUAUUUUAUAUUUUAAAAAUAAGUAAAUUGGAUUCCCCACUGUUAGUUUUAUAUGUACCUAAAAUAUUUCAUGGAAUAUGUGCAGGAAUUGUUGAUUAUAUUUUUAUAAAAUUAAUAAUUCAUUGGUAUUGUAUAUUAUAUUAUAUAAAAGGAAAGAAAAAAGAUGAAUUUUAUAAUUUUAUUGUUACAAUUUUAGCUUGCUAUUUUUUUUGUUGGUUUAAUUUUUAUAGUAUUUGUAGAACCUCAUCCAAUUCAUUUGAGUAUUUAUUCAAUAUAGUUGGUGUAUAUUUUUUGUCAAAAAAUUAUUACCCAAAUAUUAUUUUACAAAAAUAUGAUCAAGACAAAAUAAAAAAUUAUGUUAAUCAUGAUGUUUCACCGAAUGAGAGUCCAAAAUAUGAGGUAGAUAAUUUUAACGAUGGAAAAAAUACAAGUACCUAUAAAAGACGGGAAAUAAAAAUAGUUAAAAAUAAUGAACAAGUAAAUGAAACAGAACUUAUCAAAAAUCAAUCCUUUUAUGAUUCUUCAAAAUGUUUAAAUUUGUUUAACAAUGAUAAUAAUAAUUUUUUUUCAAUUUCAGACGAUUUUUAUAAAAACAAAAAAUAUCAUAUAAAAAAUUUUAUACUAAGUUUAUUUUUUAGUUCCAUUUGUGUUUUAAUCAGACCUAAUGCAUUAUUAUUUUGGUUAAUCAUAUAUUUUUUUUACAUCAUAAAAUCUGUGCAUAGUACUAUAGAAGUGUACGAUAAAGACAACAGAUGGAAGGAAAUCCAACAAAGUAGUAACAAACUAACUUGGAUCGAAGUAUUAAGCAUAGGAGUGAUAUAUAUGAUUUUAUUUUUAUUUAUUGCCAUAGCUAUAGACUCCUAUUUUUAUGGAAAAAUAACAAUAUCUUUUUAUAACUUUUUUAUUUACAAUUUUAUUACUGGGGAAAAUGGGUAUUUUGGGGAUUGUUUUUUUUUAUAUUAUUUUUUUAGUGCAAUACCGUCAAUAUAUUUAACUUUAACACCUUUUACAUAUUAUAAGUUUUUUAACUUAUUUAAAAGGAUAGUUAAAAAAAAAAUAUUUAAAUUUGGCAUAUCAAGAAUUGACAAUGUAGUAUAUAUUGCAACAUUUUUUGAAAUUCUAAUUUUAUCAUUUAGUGAUCAUAAGGAGCAUAAAAUAUUAAUCGGGUAUAAUCCCUUUUUAAGCAUAUUUACUGGGGUGGGAUUAUAUAAGUUUGGAUUAAAAGUGGGAGUAAAAGACAUUUUUUGUAACAACCAAACGAAAGAAGGAAAUCAAAAUGAAAAGAUAAAGACAAGACGGAUCUUUACAAUUUUAGUAAACAUAAGUUUUGUUCUUCAUUUAAUAAGCAUUUUAUUUUUUAGUGUAAUACAUAAUAGAUCUCCAGAAAAUGUAGCAAAAUAUUUUCGAAACUUAAAAAUAAAUAAUGAUAAUGAGGUUACAAUAUUUAUAACUGAUUGUUAUGAUAUACCUUUAUAUUCACAUAUCCAUCGAAGAUAUAAAAUUGGUUUUUUAGAUUGUACACCUUAUAUUAAAAAUGAAAAUGGAGAGACAAUAUAUAAUUGGAGAAAAAGAAUAUAUGACGAUAAUUUUGGUAAACAAUUUUUUAACAUGUUUAAUAAUGAUCAUAAAAUAUCAAAUUAUAUCGAACCAUAUAUAUUUGCAAAUAAAUCAUUUUAUUGGCUUGGUAAUACUCAUUAUAAUAAAAAAGAUAAAUUUAAGUUUAUUUAUGAAAAAUUAAAUUUUUCAUGUUUGAAAUAUCGUUUUGAUAAUCCCUUACAUGGAGAACCUCCAUUAUAUAUAGUAACAACUUCAAAUAAUCUAAAACAUCUCAAACCUUUUUUAAAAAAAUUUAACUAUUAUCAAGACACUCAACCAUUUUUUUCCUAUUUCCAAAUAAAUGAUAAAUACAAAAUAAAUUCAGUUUAUCAUUUUAUAUUCAAAAGACAUAUUGACCAAUCAAUUUCUUCAUAA